UCCAUCCCUACCCUAGGGCUUCGAGCUCGCAAACGGCAACAACCACUACCUCACUCACGCUCACCACCUACUCGGUCAAAUGUCCCUCACCUCACUCAAGUGGGACCCACUCCCUUUCUUUCUCUAACCUCUCUCCUCGCUUCGAGUUCGAUCCGCCAUGGCGCCACCAUGCAUAUAAACUCGAGCUCCCUCUCCUCCUCUUCUUCCUCCUCUCCACUCUCCACCAUCGUCUUCGUCGUCGUCUUCCUCAGCUCGGAGCGAUGGGGAGGUCGCCGUGCUGCGAGAAGGCGCACACGAACAAGGGCGCGUGGACCAAGGAGGAGGACCAGCGCCUCAUCGCCCACAUCAACCAGCACGGCGAGGGCUGCUGGAGGUCGCUCCCCAAGGCCGCCGGGUUGCUGCGUUGCGGGAAGAGCUGCCGCCUCCGGUGGAUCAACUACCUCCGCCCCGACCUCAAGCGCGGCAACUUCACCGACGAGGAAGACGAGCUCAUCAUCAAGCUCCACGAGCUCCUCGGCAACAAGUGGUCGCUGAUCGCCGGGAGGCUGCCGGGGAGGACGGACAACGAGAUCAAGAACUACUGGAACACCCACAUCAAGCGCAAGCUCCUCGCCCGCGGCCUCGACCCGCUCACGCACCGCCCGCUCAAUGCCGCCGCCGCCGUCGCCGGCCACCACCACCUCGCCGCCGGCGGCUCCAGCUGCUCGCCCGACGCAACAAGCGGCCACAGCAGCUGCAGCGACGGCGACGAGUACCGCGGCGGCAUCGACCUCAACCUGUCCAUAAGCCCGCCGUCGUCGUCGUCCCAGCCGUCUUCCCCGCCGCCGCCGCCGCACGAAGCAGAGGCGAGACGCGCCGGAGCGACGGCGAGCUACACCUACCACCACCACUACUCGGAGACGAGGGAGAAGAUAUGCCUGUGCUUGAACCACCUCGGGCUGCACGGCGGCGACGAGUGCAGCUGCGGCGGCUCGUCGGCCUCUUCCUCCUCCUCGCCGCCGCCGGCGACGGCGAGCUCGCGAGCGUUCACAUUCGCCAAUGCAUCGUCGUCAACAGUGUAAAACACAGAGAAAUUCAGCGAUUUUCAGACUAAGAGAAUUAAUGAGAGGUAGAGCACAUGCAUGCUGAAUUAAUUGAAUUAACUCAAUCCAAGCUUGAGCUAGGCAUCUAGCUAACUUUGUGAUUUGAUCAUGAUCAGCUAGCAAAAUCAUCAUAAUCAUCAUCAUCAUCAUCUCCCUCUUCUCUUAAUUUUUGAAAAUUAAUUAAUUGACUGUGCUGAUUGAUAA